AUGACCAGUACACUGCCCUUUUCUCCACCUGAUCUGACUUCUAACCUUACAGGUUCUGAUGCUGUGCUUGAUGCCAUGAAACGGGAAUACACGGUGGACGAAUUUGCUCACGUGGUCGACUUUCUUUUGCCCAGAAUUCCGGCACCACCACUUGUGCCAGAAACACCGGCGAGUACAGUGAACGGAUCCGGCAGUCUGACCAUCGCGACAGAUAUUAUUUGCGGUUUUCCCAACGAGACGGAUGAGGAUUUUGAGGGCACCGUACAACUGAUCGAACGGUAUCGAUUCCCCGUGCUUUAUAUCAACCAGUUCUUCGCUCGACCGGGUACACCGGCAGCAAGUAUGCCCAGUGAUCAGGUUCUGGUUCCAAAGCUCCCGGAACUGUACGGUCGUAUGAUCCUUGUUCGCAUUGUCGAAUGUGACAAGUUCUUCAUGCGGGCAGAAGUUGUAGACCCGGGUCCGUUCGAUUCGCUGGUCCCAAGCGAUAAGACCUCUUCCAUCGAGGCACAGCUGACACGACUCAAACCGUUGGCAUCCGGCCACCUGCGUUUCGGAAAAGCCAUCGUGGAUCAUUACAGUAAACGCACACUGUUCGCGUCUCCAAAACCACAUUGGUUGUUCCACCUGAUCCUCAUUGUCCUGGUCUACGGUGUGCUCAAGUUCUGCGAAUCUCGUGGCUAUCUGAACAUUGAACGAUCCGUAGGUGCAUGGUUCACUCGAGAUGGCUAA